AUGAAGAUCUUUAACCUCCACUUGACAUUCUUGUUUCUUGUCUCGCUUGUGGUUGCUUCCAACUGGAGCAAAGAGGACUAUGAGAUUUUCAGUUUGAACGAUAAGAUCCAACAGGAUUUAGGCAAGGAAACUACGUUCUAUUCCUGGUUGGACUUGGAGCGUGGUCCUAAGGCCACCCGUGAUGAAAUCAACAAAGCGUACAGAAAGCUUUCGAGAAAGUUACACCCGGAUAAGUACUCCAAGAAGUCGAGAAAAGAAAAGAAAAAUGCCGAAGACCGAUUCCAAAGGUUGUCAUUAGUAGGUAACAUCCUCAGAGACAAAUCUUUGAAACGUCGAUACGACUAUUUCUACGACAAGGGAUUCCCCAAAUGGAAGGGAACAGGGUACUACUAUUCCAAAUUCAGGCCAGGUGUGGUGUUCACUUUUGCUAUUCUCUAUAUCAUUGUGGGUACUUUCCAAUACAUUUCCCUUCGGAUCAAUAGAAAACAAGACUACAAGAGAAUACUUGAUUUGAAAAACGAGCUUAUCAAUCAAGCAUGGGGUGGAUCUCCAUUCCCACCUGCAGGUAUAACUGACAGGAAAAUUGUCAAUCAAGCUAAUGAAAAGGAAUUUGUGGUAACUCCUACCGGAAAUGUAUUCUUGGUUGACGCAGAAACCAAAGAAUUAAUUGAAUUGGAUGAAAAUGAUAUAAACUUGAAACCUGGGUUCAAGGAAUCGAUGUUUUAUAAAAUACCCGUGUGUAUUUACAAUUUAUCUGUUGGGAAAUGGAUUUCUAAACCAAUAGACACUACGAUAACCUAUGUAAACCCAAAACGAGCUGAGACUCAAGAAGCAGAACGUGUAGAAAAGAAAAAGGCCCGCAAAAAGGCUCAACGAGGGGAUAAGAAAAUUGAAUUGCCAAAUGGUAAAGUUGUUUAUAGUAGAAAAAAAUAG